UGUAGCGAGGCAGUGCGCCACUUCCGCUCGAGUUUGACUGGAACUGUAGGAAGGCGGGAUUCUCACUGCUGCUGUCGGGUCCCAGGGGGCCGAGGUGAACAUCUGCCGCCGCUUCUCCUUUGAUUGAGGUGGUGGAGGGGCUCGCUGACGGUUGCUUUGGUUGCGGGAAAGGAGGACGGAAAGCGAAGGUCGCAGUUUCGGGUCGGCAGGAUGCGGGUGGCCGUGACCGGCUGCUGUCAUGGAGAGCUGGACAAAAUAUAUGAGACACUAGCGCUGGCGGAGCGGCGGGGUCGGGGACCUGCCGACCUUCUGCUGUGCUGCGGCGACUUCCAGGCGGUGCGGAACGAAGCUGACCUGCGCUGUAUGGCCGUGCCCCCCAAGUACCGCCACAUGCAGACUUUCUACAGGUAUUAUUCUGGAGAGAAGAAAGCUCCUGUUCUCACAAUCUUCAUUGGGGGAAAUCACGAAGCUUCUAAUCACUUGCAGGAGCUACCCUAUGGUGGCUGGGUGGCACCAAACAUAUAUUAUCUAGGCUAUGCUGGAGUAGUUAAAUUCCGCGGUGUAAGAAUUGCUGGAAUUUCUGGUAUCUUCAAAUCUCAUGACUACCGGAAAGGACAUUAUGAGUGCCCCCCUUAUGAUCAAAACUCAGUAAGAAGUGUAUAUCAUGUGAGAAAUAUUGAAGUCUUCAAAUUAAAACAGCUGAAGCAACCUAUUGAUAUAUUCCUGUCUCAUGACUGGCCAAGAAGUAUAUAUCAUUAUGGCAAUAAAAAGCAACUCCUUCAAACAAAAUCCUUCUUUCGACAAGAAGUAGAAAACAACACGUUAGGAAGCCCUGCUGCUUCAGAGCUUUUACAUCAUCUGCAACCUACUUACUGGUUCUCUGCACAUCUUCAUGUGAAGUUUGCAGCUUUCAUGAAACAUCAGGCCAAUGAUGGACAGGUACCAAAAGAAACCAAAUUUUUAGCCUUAGACAAAUGUCUGCCCCACAGAGACUUCCUACAGAUAAUAGAAGUAGACCAUGAUGCAAAUGCACCAGACUAUUUGGAAUAUGAUCUUGAAUGGCUCACUAUUCUAAAGGCUACUAAUAGUCUUGUAAAUGUGUCACGAAGCUUAUGGAAUAUGCCUGAAAAUAAUGGCCUCCAUGCAAAGUGGGAUUAUAGUGCAACAGAAGAAUCUAUGAAAGAGGUAUUGGAAGAAAUGAACCAUGACCUCAAAGUUCCAUAUAAUUUCAGUGUGACAGCUAUAUGUUAUGAUCCCAGCAAGCCCCAGAAACACAUGGAAUUAGUUCAUAGGAUCAGUCCUCAGACCACAGAAUUUUGUGCCCAGCUUGGCCUCACUGAUAUUAAUAAUCGAAUUCAACAAGUGAUAGAAGAAAGUUCAUUGCGUGGAGACUAUGAGGAGGACGUGGACAGUAAUGGAUCAGAAGAACCAAGUGAAUACAACACAGAUAAUUCUGUCUUAUCUUCUUCAAUUAACCCAGAUGAAAUAAUGCUUGAUGAGGAUGAUGAGGGUGAAGAUAGUAUUACAGGUAUACAUGGUGACAUUAGUACUCCCUCGGUGGAACCCUCACCCGAUCAUCACCCUCCUGAUUUUUCAACAAGCUUUUCUGACAUUAGGAUUUUACCAGAUUCCAUGGUAGUAUCUUCUGAUGGUACCAUGAAUUCUACAAAUGAACUGGAGAAAUCUAGUGAAAAUCAGGAUUCAGAAGAAGGGAGGAACUUAAAUGAGAAGUCCUUGAAAAGACUAAGUGAUGAAACUGGAAAUGGAAACCACUUACAAAAGAAAAUUAAGAGAAGGAAUCAAGCUAUCUAUUCUACAGAGGAUGACAAUAAUUUAGAAUGAAGAGGAAAGACUUUACAUGAACUUUGUGUUAUACAGAAUAAAUUGUUAUAUAUACAAGCAAUUUAAUUCCUUUUAUAGUCAGAUGACAUUUAAUUUGGAUAUUUGUACUUGGACCUAAACUAGCAUUUGUCAAUGGAAUCAACACAAGAAAUUUCAACAUUUGCUUCCGGGGAAAGUAAGGGGGGUUUUGUGUUUAACUUCUUAUAUAUUCUGGAUUAAAUACAUUUUUUCUGAAAGCAAAAAUAUAUCAAUAAUUUUUCAUUAUACUCAGUUUACUUUAAUAAACUUGAGUUAUGCCAAAAUAAGCUUUUUGGAGAAAUUGGAUAGUUUUUAGGGCAAUUUCAUGAAUCUUAGAACCAUAUACAUCAGACAUAUUAUUAAGGGUGUAGUAGAAAGAGCAUAGAAUUUGUAUUCAAUGCACCUGAGUCCUGAGUUUGAAUCUUUAAUACUCCUUGUUUGUGACUGUGAACAACUUGUAAUGUCUGAGCUUUGUUCCUUCAUUUGUAAAAUGAUUAUAUUUGUACUAUCUCAAGGUUAUUUUAGAGGAAAGCAUUUCUUAAAUCUUUUAUGUCUUCUGGCCAAGCGAAUGGGUCCCCCCAUCCUUGCCUGCUACUCAGGGUCAAGUGUUCAUUGUGUUGGGGGAACUGAAUGCUCAGAUACCACUGCUAAUGGAGCCUUAGCUCUGCUGUUUAAUGCUGGGCCAAGCAUUGUCCUUUUAUUCUUGGGUCAGUCAAUAAACAUUUAACACCUA